GUAAUGAUACCUCAAUGUCGUCUGACUAAAACAAAUGUCGUUUUCUUUAACGAAUAAUGAACCAAUGAGAGAAAAGCUCAGAUAUAUGACCAAUCAGAGCUCAUCAACAGUUUAUCUCUGACCAAUAGGAAGCUCGGAAUUACCUCUUUUCAGCUGUCUGCAGAGUUGCAAAAAUAUGGAACAUGUAAACAAGAUAGGGCUUGGCUCAAAAUUAAGUUUUAUCAAAGAUAACUGAUUGACGAUGGAAACGGAGGAUGAAACGGGUAAAAUUGAUGCUAUAGAAUUGGCCAUGGACGAUUUGACGAAAUCCCCAGGUCAAGUCAUCGACGAAUUCUCCGUGGUCGACCCGUUUCUCGACGAAGCUUCUGAUCAAGAACAAGAGGAACUUUCGAACGACGCUGUCGAGAUAACAGAUGACGCAGUAUACAUUCCGAGUGAAAAAGAAUUUUCUACAAUUUCGGAAGAUUGCGAAAACGUCAAUAAUUGCGAAAAAUCAAUUAAUGCAGAGAUGUGCAAAUCUUCAAUUGAAGAUGAAGCGACAUUGAAAGAAAUUUACAAUGCAGCCUUUGCCGACAGUAAAACUAGAAACGAAAUUUCUGAUACUUUAGACGUUGUGUCUGAACCAAGUGAUGGCUUUGAUGGUUUGAACGGAAAGCUAAAUGGAACUACUGCUUUACUGAAAGACAAUGAAGAAAGCAAUAGAACUAUGAGUUCGCUUGAUGAUAAGGAACAAAUCAACAGAACUACGGUUGCAGUGGGGGAAAAAGCAUCAAUUAAUGGAACUACUUCUCCGGUUCUGAAUAUAAUCAGUGCUAUUAAAGAUGAAGGAAAAGAUUCAAUGUUGCAGAAACAGGUCUCAUCAUUCCAAGAGAGUUUUGAACGUUGUAUUAGGUCUUGUUCAGUUGAUAUUGGGAAUUUAAAGACUCCAAUACCCAAAAGUACUCCACUGCCCCUAAAGGAACCUCCUGUUGCCCCUAAACCUACCCAAUCUAGAGGAAAAGAAAUCAAGGCAUCAGAUCCCAAGGCCCCUAAACCCUGCACACGUCAGCUAAGAGAAAGGCCUGGAGAAAGUGGAAACGAAGCAAUAAAAGAGAAAGUAGAAAGUAACGCAGAAACAUGGAGAAUAGAUUAUAUAAGAGUAGAAACUGAAGAAAAGAAGCCAAAGAAAAAGAAAUCUAAAUCUGGAAAGAAGAAAGAGAAAGUGAAAGCUUCAGAAGUUCCUCUGACCGUGAAAGAUGAAUAUCCCAGAAAGUUGACAAUAGCACUGGCGUCUUCUAAACCAAGCAUAGCCGAUACCAAGAAGGAAGAUGUUAAGAAGGAUUUAACCGUGGAUUGGGAGAAAAUAUUCUCGUUUACUCCUUCUACUGAUCAUGCAGCUUACAUUAAACUUCUUCUCCAAACCUCAACCACGCCCAGAGUUCCUAAAGUUUCGAAGUUUGCAAGCUCUGAACUAUUGGAACACCUGUCCGUUGCCGAGCUUGACACCGAUCCUUGUCCUGGUUGUGGGGAUAGAUUUCUACUCCCAUCAUCUUACUUUCAGCAUAUAUACAGAAAAAGCGUUGAGAUUCGCUUCAAGUGCACCUUCUGCAACCAACCGAUGAGAUUCACCAAUAAAUGCCUUCUCCGAAUCCACCUUCUCUUCCAUUUACAGAGCAGCACAGAGACGGUUUCCAUACCAGUCCAGGACCUAGAGAUAGCGUCCCUAACUCAAUCUGAACCGAAGAAUAAAUUUGAAGAUCUAUUUCCCCUUCAUCGGAAAUCUAUGAAGGAACUGACCCCUGCUAGCCUAUUCCAGUGCCUGGAGUGCCUGAAUACCUAUUCUGAAGACGAGCUUACAAACCACCUCCUGAACCCUGGUGGUCAACUAAAGUCCUCUCUACACUGUGAUAUCUGCGGGAAAUAUUCUCCCUCAAAAUGUAGUUUUUCAGCACACAGAAGGAUUCAUGAGAAGAAGCCCCCGUUUGUUUGCCCUGAGUGCUGCCAGGAGUACAGUACAUGGAGUAUAUUCAGAAACCAUAUUUCUCGAUCCUGUUUUCAUGAUACCAAAACUCUAGUCUACUCUUGCAUUAUGUGCUGUAGUUCUUUAUCCUGUCAACAACAGCAUUCCGAGUCAACCAGCGCUGGGAAUGUGCAGAAUACAAAUGGGCAUUCCACCAUGUUUGUUUCACCUUCCGCCGCCAUUUUAAUUUCCCACGUGGUAAAUGCGCAUACAAAACAAUUCUACAAAUGCGCGGAGUGUCCCAGAGCUUUUCAGUCCAAGGAUAAGUUCGUUCAGCAUGCCAAAACUCAGCAUACAGGGCCUGGAACCUUUAAGAUUCUCUAUAAAUCUUCUUCCAAAUCAUCCAUGUUUUUUAGUGAUGUUCUACAGCUAAAAUCCCAUUUAGAAGCCGAGAUGAGCUUUAAUGUAGUAUUUCAAUACCGCUGUAACAGAUGCCAAGAAAUCUUCGAAAGCAAAGAUAGUUUUCGAACUCACACAACCGGAUGUACACACAACUUCACCAUGGAUGAUCUGUACAAUGAUAAACCCGUUGAGGACAAGUAUGUCGAAGUCCUCAACGAUCUAAGACGAGUGCGUGAGGAUAUAAAUUGUAAAGGAUGUUGGAAACAUGGUAGAAACUUCAAGAACCAUAUUGAUAAACAUCACACUGUGCCUCUAGUGUCACCGCCAACCACUGCGCCGCAAAAAGAAGAAACCCCAGAUCAGGCCCGACAAACUAGAAACACUAAAAGAUCAUCAGAAACUGAGAAAACGGACAACAAAAAGCGUAAAUCUGAUACCUCUCCACUAAAAAUGAAAAUAAAGAUAGUCCCUGAGCAAGAUUUUAGUCCGCUCUCAGCCAGCACAAGUUCAACUGCUACUCCUAGUAUGAAAGGAAAGACCAAAAUCAAGAUGGCGGAAUCUGUUAAAUCCUCAUCACAGUUUUCAACCUUAGGAAUAGAUGUUCCCUCGGACAAGGAACUGCUGGCAUUAAACUCUCUAAAGAAUCAGGACGCAUUUAGCCAGGGUUCAACUGUUCUACAGGUUAAGGAGAAGAACGUCUGCCAGGUGUGUUCGGCAAGGUUCAAUACUAGGGACCAGUUUCAGGUUCAUAUCCGGGUGCAUUACAAGCUAGAGAGUUUUCAGUGCAAGGAGUGUGGAGCUAGUUUUGCAACGGACCCGUCUUGGCGGAAACAUCUGUUGCUAAUCCAUCGAAUUAAAAAACCUGAACCUGACAUGUACUGUGAGGAUUUACAGAUUCACGGAGUUGGCGCAUUUUUAGAUGAAGAUUAUUACGAGAGCGAAGCUCUGGAAUUCGAUUUGGAUGAUCAUACAACUGUAGUUGAUCAUGAGGGUGAAGAUGAUCAUGAUCACAAUGAGGAAGCACUCGACGUGGAACACGAUGAUGAAGAGGGGGCUGGAAAUGACUCGGAUUCAGAGUGCGAUCGUCUUGUGAUUGAUACUGGUGAUGAAACGGUAAAAAAUAUCUAAUCUAACAAACAAAAAACGUUAUAAGAUAUGAAAUUUGCAUUGUAAUGCAAUACAUGAAACAGUUUAAUUGUACAUACAAACUUUACACUAUUAUAUAUCUACUUGUUAUAUUUAUACAUCAGUUUAGAUAUUUUUAUGUAUUAAUUUGUUCUAGUCGUUUUCCUGUUAAAACUCGUGAUAUAUUUUCGUUUUGUUUUUUUGAACUGAUUCUCCACUUUAAUUGUUAAGCUAUCAGUAAAAUAACAAUAAAAACCGUGUGUGUAAUCUAUCCAAGUUUAAAA